AUGGCGGAUGACUUGUCUUCAUCCAAACGUGCGAAGGAAAAACAAAUAUUAAAGGACGAAGAUCAACCUGCUGAACCUGGUUUACCAGCAAAAGUUAAUUUAGAACAAUCGGGCAAAGAUAUUAUUCAAAAAGAACUGUCAGCGUCGACGAAAGGACCUGGUGCAGACGAGAAGAGUAGCUGGAUUGGGCCUACAAAAGCGAAGGAUCAGGCUCGCGACGCUACAACAGAAAGCAACAAAGUUCUGGUACCAAAAGCUCCAGAUCAGCAGUCACCUCAACCUGAACAACCUCUUCUUGCUUUGAAUAAACAAAUUGAUGAAGUCGAGAGAGAAAAUGUGGAUCAAGUUAUGGCAAGCCUUGUUGACGAAGCUGCAGAGGGCAUAAUUGCUGAACUUGAAAAUGAAGUUUGGUAUCACGGUGCACUUCCUAUAGAGGAUAUCGCUGCUCUUGUUGCAAAUAAAGGGGAUUUUCUUAUUCGCCAACUGGAACCGGAAGGAGGAAGAGGACCAAUGCCAUGCUUAACAGUUCGACUUGAGUCGCAAAUGAAGGACUAUCCAAUUCACCUUGUACAGAUGGGGAAAGUGAGGAUGUUCACCAUAGAUGGCGUUAACAAGGCAACCACAGUAGCAGGAAUUGUCCAAAAGCACUAUCAAGAAAAAAUAAGUCUACAAGACCAAGGAGUGCUGCUGAAACCAAUACCGAAACAACCUUGGGAACUCUCUAAGGAUAAGAUUAAUUUGAAGACAAAGUUAGGUGAAGGAGCAUUCGGUGAGGUAUGGAAAGGCACACUCCGGCAGUCAUCAACUAAAACGGUCGAAGCUGCCAUAAAAGUGACAAAAAUAAAAGAAGAUAAUAAAAAGUACAUGCAAGAAAUGUAUAAGGAAGCACGGCUUAUGCGACAAUAUCAACACGUUAACGUCGUCGGGUUUUAUGGUAUGGUAAUGGAAAACGAUAAUGUAAUGAUUGUUAUGGAAAUGGUAAAUGGAGGUGGCCUUGAUCAUCACUUAAAGAAAAACACGGUUGGAAUUCCAGACAAGUGCUCCUAUUCGUUUGAUGUUGCUCUCGGGCUGUACUACUUGCAUAGCAAACGCUGCAUGCAUAGGGAUUUAGCAUGCAGGAACUGUUUAAUUGAUACUCAAAAAAACAUAGUGAAAAUAUCGGAUUUUGGGCUUUCAAAGCAGGCGGACUCAUAUAAGAUACAACCGAACGAACGAAUCCCAACAAAAUGGCAAGCUCCUGAGGUGGUUGCAACGCAUAUCUACACUCGUGAAUGCGACGUAUAUUCAUAUGGUAUUCUUGUUUGGGAGAUUUUCAACAACGCUAAAAUGCCUUUUGAAGAGUACGAUAACAAAACUGUUCGAGCUCGUAUAUCUGACCCUAAAUUUCGUCCACCUCUUUCCGAUGAUCUCCCAGAUGAAAUCCGUGUUAUUGUCACUGCAUGCUGGGCUGCCCAGGCUAACAAUCGACCUAGAAUGAAGGAUGUCGCUUGGAUCCUCAAGCGUUUUCAAAAACACAGUACACCCGAUCAAAUCAUUAAAAAGCCGUCACCAGCAGCUCCAGCAAGAAAACCUAAUGCUGUCGAACCCCAGCCGCCUGCUGUUGCUAAUGUACAACCUGUAGUGAUUGCAAAGACAACCAAGAUCUUACCUAAAGAAAGAAAAGUGGCAGCUAAACCCGCACUUCCGUUAAAACCUGUAGGUGGAUCAUCUCGCAGAGGAUCAGACUCAAAAAAGGCUGCUACCUCUCGACGACCAGAUCCAGAAAUAUCAGGAAAAAGGAAACAACAAGAUCUAGAAUUUCUUCUGGAUUUCUGCGCCCUGCAGAUACUCGGCAGUAUGGAUCGUGCGGAAGAGUUUCCUUUUCGAAAGUCUAGUCUAUUAUAA